AUGAAAGCGCCCGGCUGGAAUGUCGAUAUUAGGGGCGCCGCGAUGUUCCUGCAGUACCUGCUGUCCCUGCUCUUGGGAAAGCCGUUUCCGCCGCCUCCGGAGCAGCCUGCAAAGCCGCGGCUCGUUCUGUUGACGAAUAACUCCCUCGACGCGAAAUGCCUCGACGGGAGCCCCCCAGGGUACUAUUUCCGGGCGGGCACAGGGGUCGGCAAGAGAAUGUGGCACAUCAAUCUGCCGGGCGGCGGAUGGUGCAGCUCUGUCGCAGAGUGUGUCGCCAGGAGCAAGAUGCUUUACGGCAGCAGCACGUUCUACCCUGAAGUGCCCACCCGCAUACCCCCCUUCCCCCGCUUCGCAGGCUUCCUUUGCAGCAACAGAAGCAGCAACCCACCCUUCCACAACUGGAACCUCGUUCGUCUCAUCUACUGCGAUGGUGGCGGCUAUUUGGGAACGGCGGGGAGGCUGGAGGUUAGAAGAGGCACCGUUCUUUACAUGGAUGGGUGGAAGAUCGUCCAGUCGGUGAUCGAGGAUUUGAAGUCGAAGGGCGAGAUCCAAUCUGCAACGCAUAUCCUCCUCUCGGGCACCUCAGCGGGUGGCCAAGCAUCUCUCAGUCUCUGCGAUCGCAUUGCUGCCACCUUUCUGUGGGCGGCAACUAAGUGCUUGUGUGACUCGGGCAACUUCAUUGACUCCAAGGACCGAAUGGGGGGGAACACAUGGCGUGACAAAAUCACAAACAUGGUUGCUCUGCACAAGCCAACCUGGCCUGCUUGCCAAGAUGCCUUACCUGAGACCGAACAUUGGAAGUGCUUCUUUCCGCAGUACACUCUGCAGCUCGGAUUGUAA